AUGGCAAUCAUCGUUUGGUCGAAGGGAAGGGCACCGUCACCUGAUAUAGGAGAUGGUUCUCUCUCAGACUCGUUUUCCGGGACACCAACCGAUAAGAAGGCAAAUAUAUCCAUUGAGACUCUUCCACUUGCCGAAACAGUCACGGUUCAAAAGUACUGGUGGUCAACGAAAUCAAAGCUCGACCCCAAUGCAAUUGCAACCCAGCCAUCCGUCUACGACGACCCAGCCGUUGCAAAACACUACCAACCAAGAGCUGACUAUGAGAACCUACAUCGGUUUGAUCCAAGUGCAAGAUGGACCUGGAAAGAAGAAUGGGCUGUGGUUCGAAAAGUCGACGUUAAGAUUUUGAUCUUUGCUUGUGUUGCGUUCAUGGCUCUGGAGUUGGAUCGUGCGAAUCUUUCACAGGCGCUCACCGACAAUUUUCUGAAGGACUUGCAUAUGAAUACGAAUGACUACAAUCUGGGCAAUACGGUGUUCAGACUGUCCUUCCUUUGCGCCGAAUUGCCUUCUCAGUUGGUCUCUAAAUGGAUUGGGCCCGAUCGAUGGAUUCCAAUGCAGAUGAUUCUUUGGAGUAUCGUUGCCGCGGCUCAAUAUGGUCUUUCCGGCCGAACCAGUUUUCUAACUUGCAGAGCAUUGCUGGCUAUCUUGCAAGGAGGUUUCAUUCCAGAUAUGAUACUCUACCUAUCUUACUUCUACACCAGUCGCGAGCUUCCCAUCCGCCUUUCCAUCUGGUGGACUUUCAUGUCCGUUGCCGAUAUACUGGCGUCGUUCAUUGCCUUCGGCAUUCUGCACAUGCGCGGCAUCAACGGGAAAUCCGGGUGGAGAUGGCUCUUUCUAAUUGAGGGCAUCUUCACAGGUGUUCUAGGCGUUGCCGCGUUUUUCUUGAUGCCUCCCAGCCCGACACAGACCGCAUCUAAGCUGCGUGGCAAAAAAGGUUGGUUUACUGAAAGAGAAGAAACCAUUAUCGUCACCCGCGCUCUACGCGAUGACCCUUCCAAAGGUUCUAUGCACAACCGCCAGCCAAUAACUCCGAAACUGUUAUAUAAGUCACUUUCAGACUACCAUCUAUGGCCAAUGUACUUGGUAGGAUUGACGUUCCAGCUUCCAACGAACCCCCCACACAGCUACCUCACUCUAUCCCUCCGCAGCCUUGGCUUCGACACGUUCCAAACCAAUCUUCUCGUCAUUCCUUCCCAAGUCGGCCACAUCAUCACCAUGCUCGGAAUCACCCUUCUCUCCGAUUACACCGGACAGCUUUCUCUCACGGCUGUGCUUGCACAGAUAUGGGUACUACCAUUCCUCAUCAGCCUCUAUAUAAUCGACAGCACCACAGCGAGUAAGUGGACUAUAUGGAUAAUCACGACUAUCCUCCUUUCCUACCCCAACAUGCACGCAGUCCAAGUCGGCUGGAUCUCGCAGAAUUCCAAUACCGUUAGAUCGAGAACGGUUAGCGCCGCGAUGUAUAAUAUGUUUGUCCAAGCGCAAGGCAUUAUAGGGGCAAAUGUGUAUCGAGAGGAUGAUAAGCCGAGAUACCGUAGGGGCAAUAGAGCGUUGGUGGCGCUAUGUAGUGCUAAUAUUGUGAUCUAUCUCGGGGUGCGUGUUUACUAUAAGUGGGUGAAUAAGAGAAGGGAUGAUAUCUGGAAUUCGUGGACGGAUGAAGAGAAAGAGGCAUAUGUGCUCACGACGAAGGAUGAAGGAAACAAAAGGUUGGAUUUUAGAUUUGUUUAUUAA